UAAUUAACUACAAAAUGUUUGAUCGAUCUAUACAGAAAAAAGACAAAGAUUUCCUUCCCUAGCCUUCUCCACAUUCACAAGAACAACAGUAGCUAGCUAGGAAAUCCAGUGAUACCAUGGAUCAUAACAAAAAUGGUCUUAUUUUUGCAGUCGGAUUCCCUCUUAGCGUUAUUCUGAUAUCUCUAUUCUUAACCAUUGCUUCCUGUCUCUGCACCCCCAACAACAACAACAACAACAACCCAUCUCAUGAUCAAAACAGUACUACUUCCCCACAAAACACUGACCAAAACUUUGUCGCCAUUGAGUUAGACGGCGGCCUGGACGAAGCAACUCUCCAUAGCUUCCCGAAGCUCCUUUACUCCCAAUACAAUCUCAAGAAAAGCAGCUCAGCUAGCGUCGCUUCUUGCUGCUCCAUCUGCUUGGCGGAUUACAAAGAAACUGACGUGCUUCAGUUGCUACCUGGUUGCGGCCAUCUCUUCCAUCUCAAGUGCGUCAAUCCUUGGUUAAGGCUCCGUCCUUCUUGCCCGCUGUGUCGAAAGUCGCUGAUUCUAGCUCUGGUAGCGUCUCCUCUUGUUGAUUAGAUGCCUCACUUGGCAACUCGGCAAGAUCAGCUCUAGAGUUUCUUAUAGAACCUUCUUUUAAUAAAGCAUUGGCUAAAGUUCACUUAAUCUCUUGAAUUGUCGUUGUUUUUGUAAUUAUUCUCCUAAACUUCAAAAAACUUUCAAUUUAGUAUAUUCAUUUUUCAUUUUUUUUUU